AUGAAAUUUAUCAAAGAAAAUAAAGAUAAUAAAGUUUAAUUCAUCGAAUAAAAAAAAAUCAUUUAUAAGGGCAGUGUUCGUUUGGAAAAGUUUGAGAACAAAAUACAAAACAAUAUCCCUUAUACUUAGAGAGAAAAAUAGAAAAGCGAUUGGAGUCCAAUCAUAAAACAAAAAAGAACUUAAACAAUUUUAAAACAGCUCAUUACUGAAUAAAAUUAACAAGUACUUGAAGCAAAGUCAUCACGUAAUUUUAAGUUUAAGAGAAUAUCAGUGGACUAUAACUAUUCAAUUCAACUACCGAACAUUGAAGAGUAUUUUCAUUCACAAGAUAAACAUUAACUGCUCAAAACUAUUAAAAAUGAAAAAAACAGAGUAGAGAAUCACAUUGAGAAAUUAGAAAAAAUUAAAAAAGAAUUAGAUCUCUCAGAUUCUAUCAUUAAUCAACAUAAAUAAGCAGCCUAUCAUUCUAAUACGCCAAACAAAUUAGUAAGAAGACCCACAGUAAAAUUAAAUACAAGUGGCAGCACUUCCUUUGGAAAAACAGAGAAUGUUAAAAUGCAUUUAUCUAUCAUUGAAUGUGAAGAAAGAAAAUAAAACGAUAAAAAUAAAGAAGUUGAAUUGUAUAAAAGAUAUGAAAGAGUACGAAAUAGCAAGGUUUUACCAUAAUUAGUUACUUAAAUCAAUGAAUCAUAUGAAGAAAAGAAUAAAUUAAGUGAUAAAUUCAAUAGACAAUUAUAUUACUGCAUACAUAAUAGAGAUUAUAGUAUUCAGGAUAAAAUGAAAGAGUAUAAUAACGAUAGCCUCUCAUAUUCUCAGUUUUACUUAAUUUAAAAAAGACUCAAACAACAUUUAGAGGGUAGAUUCAAGGCCACAGAAAAUCAAGUGAUAAAAUUUGAGGAUGAACUUAAGAAUCUAGCCAAAACCAACAGGUUAACUGAAAGUAGAAAGGAACAAUUAUCCAGAAUAAAGAUUCAAUUAGAGAGUGGUAAUUAUUUAGAAAAUUAUUGA